CUGCUGGCUGCUCUUCUGGCUUUGGUCGCGGUGCCCAGGGCCCAGGCCGCGUGGUUGGGAAGACUGGACCCUAAGCAGCUUCUUGGGCCCUGGUACGUGCUUGCGGUGGCCUCCCGGGAAAAGAGCUUUGCAGUGGAGAAGGACAUGAAGAACGUCGCGGGGGUGGUGGUGACCCUCACUCCAGAAAACAACCUGCGACUGCUGUCCUCUCAGCACGGGCUGCAGGGGUGCAGCCAGAGUGUCACGGAGCUGUUGAAGCGAAACUCCGGAUGGGUGUUUGAGAAUCCCUCAAUAGGCGUGCUGGAGCUCCGGGUGCUGGCCACCAACUUCAGAGACUAUGCCAUCAUCUUCACUCAGCUGGAGUUUGGGGACGAGCCCUUCAACACGGUGGAGCUGUACAGUCGGACGGAGGCAGCCAGCCAGGAGGCCAUGGGACUCUUCACCAAGUGGAGCAGGGGCCUGGGCUUCCUGUCCCAGCAGCAGGCCCAGCUGCAGAAGGACCUCACCUGUGCUCACAAGAUCCUCCCGUGAGUGCUGCGUCCCCAGCAGGGACAGCACCCGCAGGGUCCUGUGACCCGGCCAGGGUCCGCCCAUUUCGCUCAGCGGCUCCCAGGGCGCAGCUCCAGCUCAGAAUAAAGCAAUUCCACAGCAAA